AUGGCUCCUCGUACCGAGUUUAGUACGGAGCAAGUUCGAACCAAGGCCCGCAAAGACUUGCUCUAUUUACUUGAGGGCGUCCGCGGCAAGAAGAAUCUCGUCUUUGACAAGAGCUUAGUCGGUCCCGUUGGAACGAUUGUAAAAGUCAAUACGCUACAAGAGUAUGGAGUCGACAAGUUCUUCGUCUUGGAAAACGACAAUGUGGAUACCAGCCAGCACAAUGUAGUAUUCAUUGCGCGAGGAGAGUGCGGACGUCACGCUGAGAACAUAGCCAACCAAAUAAAACGAGUCCGACGCCAGAGCUCUACAAGCCAUGAAUUUCACAUCUUUUGGGUCCCUCGCCGCACCUUGGUAUCGGACCAGCUUCUAGAAGAAGCAGGCGUAUUAGGCGACGCGAACAUAUCCGAGCUUCCGUUAUUCUUCUUUCCGCUGGAGAGAGACGUUUUAUCCCUAGAACUAGAAGAUUCCUUCAAAGACCUGUACCUCUCCAAAGAUGUCACACCCAACUACCUCUUGGCAAAGGCCUUGAUGGAAGUCCAGCAGAAUCACGGCUUAUUUCCUCGAAUGAUUGGAAAAGGCGAUAACGCAAAGAAGAUAUCUGACCUCCUAGUUCGCAUGCGCCAGGAACUCCUCGCGGGCGAAGAUACGAGCGACUCGAACAAACCCGGCUUAACGCCCAGUUCGACAAACGAGAGCGUUAUUAUAAUUGACCGUGAGGCAGACUUUGUUACCCCUCUUCUCACACAGCUGACCUACGAGGGUCUGAUAGACGAAGUAUUCGAAAUCCAGAAUAACCAAACCAAGGUGGACACAACCAUUGUUGGGGCUCCAGCUCGGUCAUCUGCUGCGACUACGCAGGGGCGGAAAGAGACGGUUCCCCUAGACUCUAGCGACAAGCUAUACGAUCAGUUACGAGAUGCCAACUUCGCAAUCGUUGGCGGGAUGCUCAACAAGGUUGCCCGGCGGUUACAGCAGGUUCAGUCUGACUAUGAGACCAAGCAUAAGACAAAAACAUUGGCCGAACUCAAGGAGUUUGUUGCUCAAUUGCCUGGGUAUCAGCAAGAGCAUCGAAGUGUCCGAAUCCAUACAGGUAUCGCCGAGGAAAUAAUCAAGCGUACCAGAACCGACGAGUUCAGGGGCUUACUACAAGUGCAGCAGAAUCUUGCUGCUGGCGCAGAUCCCUCCUCUCAAUUCGAUGGCAUCGAGGAGCUUAUAGCGCGGGAUGCGCCUAUUCGUGAGACUCUCAGGCUAUUGUGCAUUUACUCUUGUAUUUCUGGAGGCAUCAAGCCAAAGGAGUAUGACCAGUUUCGAAAGCUUGUCUUGCACGGGUACGGAUAUCAACAUCUCCUGACGCUUCACAAUUUGGAAAAGCUACAACUCUUCCUUUCUCGAUCCUCUCCCCUGGCUGGAGUGAUCCCUAUGACCGGUAAUGCAGGGGCAACGGGUAGCAAAACGAACUACACCUAUUUACGAAAGCAGCUGCGCCUUAUUGUCGAUGAGGUUCAAGAAGAUGAUCCCAAUGAUAUUGCCUACGUAUAUAGCGGGUACGCUCCUCUAUCCAUUCGUCUAGUCCAGUGCGUUCUGCAAAAGCAAUAUUUGUUGUCCUUCGCGAAGGGCGGUAGUGCUGCAAACGCUGGCGUCGCAGCCGCGGCGACCACAAGUCAGGGCUGGCAUGGCUUUGAUGAAGCGGUCAAGCAUGUCCGCGGACAGACAUUCUACGAGCUUCAAACUGGCGAAGACAAGGCGGUGAAGGCUCGUGCACUCCUUUCAGGGAGCAGCGCAAAGCAGACUGUGUUUGUCGUUUUCGUGGGUGGCAUCACAUUUACCGAAAUUGCUGCACUUCGCUUCAUAGCCAAGCAAGAUGAAGGCCGAAGAAAUAUCAUCAUUUGCACGACAUCCAUAAUCAGCGGCAACAGGAUGAUGGACGCUGCGAUAGAGACUGGCUCAUACGCAAGGGAGUCACCCCAGCUGCAACACUCUCAUGGCCUGUCAUUGAAGUCUCCAGAAAGGGACGAGGGCGUUGUUAACGACACUUUCAUCAAUCACGAUAAUGUAUACUCUUCGAGAUCACUCAGACCUCAACCGACAUCUCAUUUAACACACAAUAUAUCGACACGUGAAGCGACUCAGCGAGAUGUGGCUGGUGGCUCGCCAGAUCGGCUUUCAGGAUCUGGAAAAGGAGGUAUAGUGGAUUCUAUCCGCGAACGCGAUAGCAUAGAAGUAUGUGUGGAUGAAGGAGGUGUCGAGGAGCAAGACUCUGUGGAUGGUUCCGUCGGAGUAUCAAAAACGGAUGGGUGCAAGAUUUUGCAAGUGGCAGACAACGACGCAGCGGCCGAAUCUUUUGGCUCGUCAAUGUCGGCUGUCACGGAGCAGUCAGAAGCUUCAUCGUCAUUCGUUUCAAGUAAAGCCACAACUCCGGUAGAGAUUGAGUUCACAAAACUCCAGCGCGGUGAUCAAGUGAGCCAACGACUCGUACCGAAAACAUACCACCGUAGCCACGAGCGGCUAAGUUUUACUGUCCGACCCAAGUCAUCGAUCCCCACCGAUAUUCCUGUCCACCAACAUGCUGCUGAAUGCCUUGAUGCCGCAGAAUCCUCUCGACUGAACCCGUAUGCCUUGAAUUCUGAGGAAUACCAUCUUUUACGACAUCACAUCUCUCAUAGUCAAGUCACGACAUAUCUGAACAUAAGAAACGCGAUCUUGCGUAUUUGGUUACAGAAGCCUUGGGCUAUUGUAACGAGGCGAGAAGCGGUCGGCUGUGCCAAUGCAAGAUGGUUCGAUGCUGCCAAUGUCUGCUACGACUGGCUGGUUCGAAGAGGAUAUAUUAACUACGGCUGUGUCAAACUUCCCGACGUCUCUAUGAUGAAAAGUGGAACGUUGAACCGUAGAAAGCGAAGGAAAAUCGCCGUCAUUGGCGCGGGCAUAUCGGGUCUGGCGUGUGCCAGACAGUUGGAGGGGCUUUUCAAACAAUAUGCGGAAAGAUUUUAUGACAUGGGUGAGGAUAUUCCGAAAGUUGUUCUCCUUGAGGGACGAAGUCGCGUUGGAGGAAGGGUGUAUUCUCGAGAAUUCAAGACAAAGCUCAAUGAUCAAAGGCCAGAAUUCGAAGGUAAAAGACAUACAGCAGAAAUGGGAGGCAUGAUCAUAACUGGCUUCGAGCGUGGCAAUCCUAUCAACGUCUUAGUUCGGGGACAACUCGGUCUACCGUAUCAUGCCUUGACAGCAGAAACCACCAUUUAUGACAGCAAUGGUAAACCUGUAGACCCAAUUCGAGACGAGCUAGUGGAAAAGCUUUACAACGAUUGCUUGGACCGAGUAAGUGAGUACAAGUUCAAAGCACAGCCGUCAAAAGUAAUCGAAGGCAACCGUGACCUUCUCGACGAAGGCCGCGACAGUCCAGGGGAUGGCAGCAAAACCAUAAUGCAAGCAGAAGAAGCAACCGCAGCACUCCCACAUGCACCAUCGGUUUCAGAGCAGAGCGUCCCAGAGAAGAUCAACCUCGUUCCUGUGUCAGCCGACAAGCUGACUGGCCGGGUUCAUAACCAGCCCGGUAUUCCAGCUUCUGAAAAGGUAGCGGAGAAGGCCCGAAUGAUGGGCUGGAGCCUCAAGCCUGGAGCCAAUGAAGACUUUGAUCUGAAUCUUGAGGAUGCUGUGUCUCGACACGGUUCAACGCUGGGAUCAGUCCUCGAUCACGGAGUCACUCGGUACAAGGAUCUGGUUGAUUUGACUCCCCAAGACUACCGUUUAAUCAACUGGCAUAUUGCCAACCUCGAAUACAGCAAUGCUACAAACUUACACAAUCUGAGUCUUGAAUUAUGGGACAUUGAUGCCGGGAAUGAAUGGGAAGGAAAUCACACCAUGGUCGUUGGCGGUUACCAAAGUAUUGCCCGUGGACUGCUUCAGUGCCCGACGCCCCUUGACUUAUCUACAAAGUUUGCAGUAAAGACUAUCAAGUAUAAUAGCACGAGCUUUGAAGGUCCGGCAACCAUCGAAUCUGAAGAUGGCGUAAGCGUCAGCGCCGACAAUAUCGUUUGUACCGUACCCCUAGGCGUCCUCAAGCAAGGGAGUAUCGAUUUUGAACCUGCAUUGCCUGCUUGGAAACUUGGUGCGAUAGAACGCUUGGGAUUCGGCAUUCUGAACAAGGUUGUGCUUGUGUACGAUGAGGUAUUUUGGGAUCCCCAGCGACACAUAUUUGGAGUUCUGAGAAACCCCCCGAAUAGACACAGCACAUCACAGGAAGACUACGCCCUCAAUCGUGGCCGCUUCUUCCAGUGGUUCAAUGUUACCCACACCACUGGACUUCCGUGCCUAAUUGCUCUAAUGGCCGGAGAUGCCGGCUUCGAAACUGAACGCUCCAGCAAUGAAAGCCUGGUCGAGGAAGCCACCGAGAUUCUUCGUGGCGUAUUUGGAAAUAAGGUUCCAUAUCCAGUCGAGUCUGUAAUCACCCGCUGGGGCUCCGAUCGAUUUGCCAGGGGAAGCUACUCAUCUGCAGCCCCAGCGAUGCAACCAGGAGACUACGACAGCAUGGCCCGAUCCGUUGGCAACCUCGUUUUUGCCGGAGAGCACACUAUUGGCACACACCCGGCUACAGUUCAUGGCGCAUACCUGUCUGGGCUGCGGGCAGCCUCCGAGGUUCUAGAGAGCAUCCUCGGUCCCAUCGAAGUCCCUACACCACUCAUCCUGCCAAAGGACUCUCUUCUCUUACAAAAACGCAAAGAAGCAGCAAAAGACCCCCGGCAAGCACGCCUCGAAGCCUACGAACUCGAGAUCUGUGACCACAUCCGAGACCAAAUAGGCGAGCGGCCCCUUCGCCCCAACAAGGUCGCAGGAAACGCCUACCUUCUCUACAGCAAAGCGCACAUCGAAGAAGCCCGCAAGCGCUGCGAAGAGAACCGCAAGCCAGGCAAGGCACGUAGUUUCCCCAAUGAAGUACGCAUGAUGACUUCCAGGAUGUGGAAAGACACUCCCCCCGAGCAACGGCAGCCAUACGAGGAACAGGCCGCGGAGCAGAAGAAGGCCUAUAAUACAGCUCUCCAGGUGUACAAUGCAACGGUCCAUGAAUGGGACCAGAAGGCUAUUACCCUCCGAGCCGAGUACGAAAGAGCGCAUCCUAGCGUGCCUGGGCCGGAGGAAUUGCGUGAAGAGCAAGGCACCCCUAACAAGUACCGGCGUGCUAAGCAGGUCAGUUAUGCCGAGGAGCGUAACACGGACAUGGACGUGUAA